AUGGCGGCCUCCACACAAGAUGACCCGUGGCGUCUGUUGAUGAAACGUCUCAUUCUAAGGGGUGUGAUCACUGAGUCAUACCUGUGGGCCGUGUGCAUCUCUGAGGGAGGUGUGCCAACAGGCCUGAACCCAGAGCUGUCGGGUGCUGCAGGAUGUAAUGGAAAAACCAAGUCACACGAACACAGACAGUGUGGAUCACAGCUGCCUGAACAUCAUCUGGAAGAGUCCCGUACAGUUUCGUCUGCCCAGGACCGUCGCAGGCGGUUUAGACUCACUCUACAAGAUCAGGAUCAGUCAGGCUGCACCUCGGCACGACACAGCAACAAGGAGAACAGCAUAGCAGUAGUGCUGCCACAAAAACCAGAAGAGAAGGAAGAAACACUUGAACUCAUCUCUCCCACAGAAGAAAAAGUUGAAAUAAUUAAAGUUUUCCUUGAAGCCCGUCCACAGACAGGAGAGAGUGUCAAGAUGCUGACGGAUGAGGUGUCACAGAUUCAGGAGGUGAGGUACUGUCUGAAGACUCUGAGAGAGCAGAUGGCAGCCAGGCAGAACACUAACAACAACAAGUAUCCAGUCAAUGGCUUCAGAGUCAACAUGCCCAGCAGUCAACCAGUCGUCACCAAUGGCAACACUUUCCUCAUUGAGUCAGACACUCAUGUUGGGGAUAAUCAGGAGGAGAGUGUUAGGCUCAGGGAGGUGACCAGGCGUCUGUAUGCGCAGCUGAAGGAGAUGGAGAAGAGGCAUCAGGAGGAGAAGGAGAGACUGCAGGCAGAGUCAAAUGAGUAUAGCGUCCGUCUGGCUGAGCAGUCUGAGCGGCUGCAGAAGGUGGAGGAGCAGUCGGAGGAGAGGGGUCAGCGGGUGGAGGAGCUGCAGAGGCUGCUGGGAAGCAUGGAGCUUGAGAGCGGCAUCCUCAAAGACAAGAUGGCGGCAGGGGAGGCUGAGCUGCUGCAGCUUAAAGCAGACAGGGAGCAAGGGGGGGAGAACGAGCAGAGGAGUGCACAGCUGGAGAAGGAGGUGGCCGCCUUGAAGGAAAAGAUUCAUCACCUAGAUGACAUGUUAAAGAGUCAGCAGAGGAAAGUUCGCCACAUGAUCGAACAGCUGCAGAACUCCCGCACCGUCAUCCAAGAGAGAGAUCGGGUCAUCAGGGACCUGCAGGAGAAGGUGGCUUUCCUGGAAGCUGAGAACAGAGAAAUGCAUGACCACAUGGAGUACUUCCUGGCAGGCCAGGACCCUCCACCACUGACAGUCUCAGAGAACAAGCCAGAGGUUGUUUACAGUAAACCGCUCACACCGACGACACACACCAACAAGGCCCUCCCACUCAUCAAAGUCAUUGAGAUCAAGACCUAAAUGGAGUGUCAACCAAAGGAAUGACCAGAAGUAAAAUACAGUGUAAAUAUAUAUUUAAACACCUAC